CGGGGCCCGCCCUCGCCUCGACCGGCAGGGCCGAGGCGAUAGCCGGCGGCCGCCACAUGAGCCCGGCGGGGCGGCGCCCCCGGGCCCGGCCGGGGCUGCUCGGGCAGCUCCUGCCUCUCUUCCUGGCGCUGCCCGGGGGCACCGGGGAGGCGCCGGCAGCAGGUAGAAACUGUAGUUUCUUGCAGGAAAUGGACGUCAUCCAGAAACGGGAUGAAAGCUGCUACUGCUAUGUGCAGAACAGAACCAUUCACUUACAGUAUGUUUGGUCAACUCUUCAGGUAAAAGUUAACAGCAGAGAACUGUUCAGGUUUGAGCCCAUUUCACAGAACAGCAACUGUCGUAAUUCAGAAACUGUUUUUGAGUUUGCUGCAUGUGCUGUUCAAGUCUUCUGGAAACCAGAGACAGCUACAGAAACCAGAGUAAGCGUAAAACAAUAUGGAGAGGAUAUUUGCUUCAAAAUACAGCCCCUGAAAACCGAACCGUACAUUGUCAGUGUGAAACGAGAAAUGCUAGAUGGAAAGCUCUUGUUUUUGUUUAUUGCUGGAAUUUUUCUGUUCCAUUUUGCAACCAGCCUGAGCCGGAGUACCAAGUUCUUUUACCUCUGUGGAAUAAUACUGGGUGUUCUUGCUCUGCUAGUCUUUGUCCUGUUGAUACUUAAAAGGUUUAUUCCAAGGCACAGCACCUUCUGGAUCUUAAUGAGUGGCUGCUGGAUGUCCUCUCUGUAUUUUAUUUACUGCUUCAAAGAGAAUAUGCAGUGGUUGUGGUCUGAACACAGAAACUACUUGUUGGGGUAUUUUCUGGCUGUUGGAAUGACCAGCUUUGCUGCUUGUUAUCAGCACGGACCUCCUACCACUGAUCUGAGCAUAUACUUGUUUGCAUGGACGCUGCAGUUAACAGCCUUUGUCUUGAUUUACUGUGGAGUCACCAUACCUCAAGUUGCAUAUGCAGUAAUAGCAGUCAGCCUCUGUUCAAAGGGCCUGUGUUACCCCCUGGGUGCUGCGUGUCACAUAGGCAGAAAAAUGAAGAACCACUUUAUAUCAAAAAAGUUAGUGUUUAAACACCUUACUGAAGAGGAGUACCGAGAACAAGGUGAAACAGAAACUAUCAGAGCUCUGGAGGAGCUACGCUUAUUCUGCAGAAACCCUGAUUUCCCAUCAUGGUUAGCUGUAUCCAAACUCCAGUCCCCACACAGGUUUGCAGACUUUGUUCUGGGAUCUCCCCACAUCUCACCUGCAGAAACAAGGGCGCAUGAGGAGGAAUAUGGCAUUGGGAGCUUCUUCCUGGAAGAGCAGCUCUUUGAAACAGGGACAGAAUCUGAGCAAGAUAAUCCAACCAAUUCUGUCCACGAAGGAGAUGAGGCGGAUGAAGAUGAAAUGCAUAAACAGAUUUCAUUUCCAUAUGCUACCGAGUUGCUCUGAGCUUUAGGAAAUAUCAGGAUGGAAAAUGUAUUCACCUUAGAGAGGAAGGAUACACAGUGAGAACUCACGGUUGGUGAUUUCUUGUGGUUGCUGGUGGACACAGGGAUUUUCUGAAAACACUGUUUCCUGUAUCACUGAUGUUGCAUGAUCAGAACAACAGAAGGAAAUCAUAGGGGCUGUUCAAGUGAAGAGGAUUCUCAUGCUACUGGUACUUUAACUGGGGAAGUAAACAUUGCUUAUUUCCAAAGUGAGUACUGGCAGCAGCCUGUCCCAGCAGGAUGCCUUGUUGUGCCAAGGCUACUACCUCUAGAAAAUGGUACCUGUUUUGGUCCUUUUCAUUGUCAAGUCCUCUGUGCUGAGCACUACAGGGAGAAGCCAUUAUUAAUACUCUACUAAGUACCCUAUGUGUCAACAAUUUUCAUAAUGUGCUGAUAAACUGUGUUUAUUGCUUGUGAGGCUUUUCAGUGCUAAAGAAGAAGAAAAAGUUAACACAGCUGAACAAGGUUUGUUUGCUCUUCUGGCUAGGCUUACUGCACAUUAGCUUCAUUUUGCCUCUUCACAUUUGUUUUAAACUCCCCUAACUCUUCAGAACCCUGCCUGACUUUUCACCUUCCACUUGUGUUGUUCUGUUCAUGGUCUCUGCUCUACUUACAUUGUACUUUCCAUGUCUUUGCUUCUUCACAUAACACUCCUCCAUCUUCAGCAGGUCCCUCUACAGAACCUUUCUUCACUCCGUUUCUCCAUCUGACAACUGCAGGUGACUUAGGAGAGGGUUUUCAUCCCCAGAUGUAUUUUUACUGUUGUCUUACCUUGGAUGGGUGCUGACGUCCAUUCCAGACCCCUCAGGGGCACAGAAAAGACAACAAAGACUGAGGCUGUUUUCAGCUGCUCGAAGGAACUGCUGUCAGCACAUCUGGAUGUUGUAACCAUGUAACCAGGAAUACAGAUAACCCACACAGAGCUCCACUGUCCUUGGAAUAUGCAGCUAUUUACUCAUUCAGUAAAAAAUGGAAAGUAAUUCCUGGCAAAACAAGGAGAGAUGGAUACGGGGCUUCUACCUCCCCUUCUUCAGCCUUCAGUCUGGUACUUAACACAGGAGGUAUGUGGGGAG